AUGGUGUCUCCGCGAGAACAGGCCGGGUUCUCCCGGCGACUCGGAAGCGGCGCGGUCCUCCUGGCGGCCACAGUGGCGCUCCUCCUCUUGCCGUGUGCCGAUGCCGCGCAGAAAGAUACCUGGUCUCCGCGGACCUUCACGGCCGAUCCUUUCCCCGUGCCUCCGCCAGACUGGCAAAACCUCCCCUUCCUGCGCCGCCAAGAGAGCGCUCGCCGCAGGCUUUUGAGCGGUGGUGGCGUGUCACGUCCUCAUUGGAUGCCUCCUAGCGAGUACACCCUUCCCUGGAUGCUGGGGAAUCGGAAGCCUCUCAUUCCAACAGACCCAUCGGAUGGGGAAGCUGACGUGGCAGAGGCGGCGGCCACGUCACCCGGAAAUGACGGGUGGCUUGGGGCUAACGGUGCAGGUGUUGCCUCUGCCGCUGCUGCUGGCGGUUCGGCGGGCGCGGGAGCAAGGGGGGGGCCGAGAUACUCACUGGCGCAGCGAAAAGGCGUGUGCUCCCCGGUUACUCCCGCGAGUCCGCGCAUCGUGGUUACCACCGAGGCUGACUUCGUGAAGCGCCUCAAGUAUCCGCGAAAAACGACGGUUCUGAUGACGCUAAAAGCGGACAUAAUGCUAAAGAAAGGCCUCGCUUUUGGCCCCUACUACUCGUGCACGAUCCUGCAAGCGGACGUCACGGGCAACCUCGUCAACACGCCCGUCUACUUGACCAACGGUGCCGUCGGCGUGCAGGUCGUGAACAACUUCUUGCACCAGUACACGGGGAGCGGCGUGCAGUGCGGGACGCACGUGAACAACGCGGGGAGCUGCAUGAUGACGUUUAUCGGGCGCAACUGGUUCUUCCCCAACGUCACCAUCACCGCCAAGACCGACAUCUCGAAUAUCCGCUUCACCACGCACUGGAUCAGCCCCGGCAAUGCGGCGUCAUGCAACUACAUGCUGGGUGGCAACAGCUGCUUCAACCUAGAGGCUGACACCACCGGUGUUGUCGUCCUGGGGGGCGCGUGCAUGGGUGCUUUUAACGGGGUCAACAUUGAGAAUGGCAAAGAGAACCGGAUACAGUACGUUUGGGUGAAGGACUACACUGCCGUCCCGGGGUCAGCGACGUGUCCCACAGUCACAACCAUCAACUGCAACACGCCCACGGGCAAGCUGUGGGAGAGCAAGCGGAUCAAGUACUACAACUCCCCGAUCAUUAACAAGCGCUGGCCCUUCCUGAGCAACAUCUGCAAGGACGCAAGCAUUGGCACGGUGCCCUGCAAUGUCCCCACAGCCGGGUCCCUCAACGCACGGCAAACCGGCAAGUGCAGCGGCCUCCCGACCAGCGACCGGGACGCAUGGCCGCAUUCCUCGCCUCUAUCGCUCAUAGAGGAUUUAUUCCCAACAUCGCCUGCGCUUUCCUCUCCCUACCGCCUCCUCAAAUCCACCCCGGCCCCCACGAAGUCCUCCGGCCGCGCAAGCUCCCCCGCCCGCGCAAGCUCCGCGCCAGCCUCCGACAAGAAGGGCAGCGGCAAGAAACUGCAGCAGUCGGGAAAAUCGGCGUCAGAGGGCGCCACGUCAGCAGGAGCCGGAACAGCCCUCUCGUCGUCCGCUUCUGGGAAGGGGAAGCGGGGAAAACGGGGGAAGCGGGGGAAGGGUGGGAAAAAGGGGAAAGCGGGGGGUGCGGCGAAAGCAAGUGAGGCGAGCAGUUCGCUGCAGAGCGGAAAGAAAAAGGCGGGGAAGAAAGGAAAGAAGACGGCUGUUUCAUCGGGCAAAACGGGCAAAGCUGGGUCGUCUGGCGAGAGGAAGAAGGGUGGGCACAAGUGGGCUCGCGAAGGCACAACGGGGUCUGCUGGUGAGAGGACGAAGGGCGGACAUAAGUGGGCUCGCGAGGGCACGAAGAAAACCUCUGUGAAGAAGUCUGAGGCAAAGACGGCGAACGCGCCACUAGCGAAGAAGGCCGCGACGACUUCGCCAGCGUCGGGUAGCUCUGGAGGGUCCAAGCGCGGACGAAGCAAGUCUGGAAAGGGAAAGAAGAGACGCACCCCCGCUGCGGCACCAGCUGACUCCGGCUCAAAGUCCGGAGGGGGCAAGAGGAAGCCAACGUCGGGCAAGUCCGGCUCGCGUGGGGGAUCCGCACCUCCCGCCACAACUUCCGCGCGUUCGCACAAGAAGGGCAAGACGACGAAACACAGCCAGGAAGUGGGCUCUGGCAUUGAAGGGAAAGGGUCAUCGAAUUCCGCUAAGCCAACGAAGCCGCCUGCGUCUCCCUCGGGAGGAAGCACGUCGAGCCCAGCGAAAGCGCCCAAAGGCUCUGACUCAGAUGCCUCCAAGGCUAGCAAAGCGCCGAAGCCGUCCAGCGGCCCAACUAGCAGCUCAAAGCCCAGCAAGGAUAAGAACUCGGAUUCGGCGAAGGCUGAUUCGGGUUCGGAGAAAUCAGGCUCGGAUGCAAAACCUUCUCCUCCCUCUUCUCCCGCCAAGCCAAGCACGGGGAAGAAGAAAAAGCCACCCCCGCCAGCAGACACGAGUGAGGGUGAACCUGCCAGCUCGCCUCCUGCGGCUCCUGUGCCGAAGAUGAUAUGUGAGAAACACAAGGGGCAGCAGCUGAUGGUGAUGGACGGUAACCUCUUCUUCACGGGGAAUGUGGAGAAGUGCGAGGGUUCUUGUAUCAAGGAUUCCUCCUGCCUCAUGUACACCUUCUCGGGACUCAGCUGUCAACUCUUCACGGCUAAUAUGACUGCCAGGCCUGUCAAGGCGUGCUUUUCGCGUAAGUGUCAGUGGGGGAAGUGCAGAGACACGGAGGGAGAUGGUAGCGAAGAGGACAGUAGCGGAGAUGGCAAUUCUGGUGGGGACACUGGUGGUGCAGAUGAGAGUGGGGGAGGUGAUUAUGGGGGUGAUUCCAGUGGAGGGGACUCUACUGGGGAUGACAGCACCAGUGACUCAGGAGAUGAUUCCAGCUCGGAUGGAGCGACCAUUGACUACGGGCGAUGA